AUCACUCCGUCAAACCUUUACCCACAUUUCACCGUCCCACACACGCACGCGCUCUUCCCUUUCCUCUCCCAACUGCCCCUUCCUUCCCAAACAAUCCUUCCAAACUCCCACUAAAUUAUUAAUAAUAUCCAAAUAUCAAACCAUAUAAAAACCAUUUUCUCUCUCUCACACGCCCUCCACUCACACUCAUUUUCUCAUUCCUCUAUCACCAAAAUGAAGAAAAGGGUGAAAUAGUAAAUACCAAAGAUCCUUUCAUACUCCCACACCACUCUACACAAGAAACAAAGAAAAGGAAAAACUGGAACAAGAUUUAGAUGGAUGAAGAAAAAGUACUGAAGCUAGUGUUAUUUCUCUCCAUCCUACUAAACGCUGCGUUUAAACCGUGCCUAUCAGAUCCAAGCGACGAAGCAUGUUUAACAGAACUAAACAAAUCAAUACAAGACCCAAACAAAUCCCUCCACAACUGGAACCAACAAACCUUCGCUAAACCCUGCAACGAAUCAACCUCGAAUCUCCAAGGCGCAAUCUGCAACAAUGGCCGAAUCUUCAAACUCUCCCUCAACAACCUCUCUCUCCGCGGCACCAUUUCACCGUUCCUCUCCAACUGCACAAAUCUCCAAACCCUAGACCUCUCCUCCAACUUCCUCACCGGACCAAUCCCGCCGGAUUUACAAUCUCUCGUCAACCUCGCCGUUCUGAAUCUCUCGUCUAACCGUCUCGAAGGUGAGAUUCCACCUCAGCUCACAUUGUGCGCUUAUCUCAACGUAAUUGAUUUUCAUGACAAUCUCCUCACCGGUCCGAUUCCUCAGCAAUUAGGUUUAUUAGUCCGGUUAUCGGCUUUCGAUGUGUCGAAUAACCGUCUCGCCGGUCCGAUUCCGUUGUCGUUGUCGAACCGGAGUAGUCCGAAUUUGCCGAAAUUUAACGCGAGUUCGUUUGAAGGGAACAAGGAUCUUUACGGUUAUCCGUUGCCGCCGAUGAGGAGUAAAGGUUUAUCGAUUUUGGCGAUUGUUGGAAUCGGAUUAGGGAGUGGAUUAGCGAGUUUGGUUUUGAGUUUUACUGGUGUUUGUAUUUGGUUGAAAGUCACUGAUCGGAAAGUUGCUUUAGAAGAAGGCAAAAUUAGUCAUCUAAUGCCUGAUUAUUGAAUGUUAAUUAUUAUGAUUAUGAUAUUUGCAAUUAUCCAAAUCUAAGGUAUUUUUGAUUGA